AUGGAUUUUGAAGAGGAGCACGCUGGAGGAGACGACGUUGAAGAAAUCUAAGAUGGGGAAGAUAUAUUCGGAGAAGAUGCCGACAUUUCAGUACAUGAUUCAGGAAGCAAGAAAGAUGCAGUCAUAUUCUUGGUAGAUUGCAAAAAGGCAUUAUUUGACAUGGAUCAGGAUGGACAAGGCACAGUCUUUUCUAAGAUAUUAUCUGCCUUUUCUAGCUUUAUGAAGGCUAAAAUCAUAUCAAGUCCAGAUGAUCGUAUUGGCAUGAUAUUUUAUAAUACAAAAUCUACUAAUAAUCAAUUAAAAUUCAAUAACAUUACAGAAAUCUAUAAAUUAGAUGGACCAUCAGCAGAUAUUAUCAAAAAUUGUUUAAAAAUAGAGCAAAAUUUUGAGAAGGAUUAUCAAUUAGGCAAUAAUGCACAUUUUCAUGAAUGUUUAUGGCUCUGCAAUCAUGAAUUCAAAGAAUUAGAUAAGAACAAAUUCAAUAUGCGUAUAUUUUUAUUCACUCCAGAUGAUUUACCAUAUUUUAAAGAUGUGAAUGCCAGAUCAUCAGCUUUGAAAUAUGCCAAGUAAUUGAAGGAUGCAGAUGUUUAGAUUGAAUUGUUUCCAUUGCCCAGUUAAAAUGAAUUCAAAAUUGCUAGAUUUUAUGGUGAGAUUAUAACUGUUGAUUUGGAUGAAGUUAACAAUGCUGUACUUGAUACUUCAACUAAAAUUAUGGAUUUGCAUUAAAGAAUUAAAUAAAAGGAAUUUAAGAAAAGAGCCUUGAAUAGACUUAUUAUGGAUAUAGAUGAUAUUAAAAUUGGAUUAAAAAUAUAUUGUUUAGUAAAUAAGGCUAAAAAACCUUAUGGCAAACCCUUAGAUAGGAGAUACAACUAAUAACUGAAAAAGAAAGCAUAAUUCAUUGAUGAAGAAACAGGACAAGCACUCUUCCCUCAAUAAAUAUCUACUCAUUUGAUUUUGGGAAAUGAGAAAAUAGCUAUCCCAAAGGAAUAUAUGGCUAAAAUAAAAGGAUUUGAAAAACCUGGGAUGACUCUAAUAGGUUUCAAAUCUUCAAGUGCAUUGAAGGAUUAUCAUAAUUACAGAGCCUCCUAUUUUUUAUAUCCAGAUGAUGAACAUGUUAAUGGAUCUUCUUAAUUUUUUGAUGCAUUGAUUCAAUAAAUGAUAUUGAAAGAGAGAAUAGGAAUUGUUAGAUUAGUCCCUAAGUAAGGAUCUUAGGUUAGAUUUUGUGCUCUGCUUCCUUAAGCUGAAUAAUAUGAUGAAAAUCAUUUUUAGACACCUCCAGGAUUGCAUUUGAUAUUUUUACCAUAUGCUGAUGAUAUUAGAGGAUUAUCUUCAGUCAAAUAGGAAGGAGCCGAGAUCUCAAGAUAGACAUUAAAUGCAGCUAAGAUUUUGGUAAAUGCAUUAACAAUUCAAGAUUUUGAUUGUUCGAACUUCGAAGAUCCUUCAAUAUAGAAAUUUUACACAUAUUUGUAAGGUUUAGCAUUGUAGGAGCAGAACAUUGAAGAACCUGAGGAUUUACUUUAACCAGACUUCAAAGGAAUGGAAAAAUAUAGAGAUAUUGUUAAUUUGUUUAUGAGUAAUGUAAGUCUGGAAUGUUCUAACAUGCCAUCAAGAUCUAAAGGAUAAGGAGGUGGGAGAGGCCGAGGUAGAGGUAGAGGCAGGGGCAAGUAGGAAGAGAGUGAUAGUGAUGAUUGCCAUAAAGUAAAGGGGAGAGGCAGGGGAUCCACUUCAAAACAAAAGGUCGAAGAGGAAGAAGAUAGUUUGGAAGGAGAGGAAAUCUAUUAACCAAUAAAAAAGAGAGGAAGAGGACGUUGA